AUGCGCUCUUCACUCUCCGAACUUCGGUCGGACAUUCAACGAGGAGAGGAUAAACAUAUGGGAAAUGUGAUGGAAAUACAUGACAAAGAGGUUGACCGCAUGAUGCGCUUGUUGGAAAAUUUGAGUGUAAAGACUUCCGGGGAUGCAGCAACGCCAGCUCCUCAAAAACAAACCACUGUUGACCCUUGGGUUGCCGCUCAACUUCAGCAACUUCAAACUGUGCAGCAACAAAUGGCUUCUUUACUGACAGCACCAAUCGUGGCUCCAGCGUCUUCACCAGCGGCUCCUUUGACUCUACCCAGAUCGGCAGCCGUCACACCUGUUACUCCUGUUAUUCCAACUGCAAGGCCAACUGUUCCUGUAGUUCCAAGCCCAGCACAACUGAAAUUUGGACCUGCUACUCCCGUUACUGAGAGAACACAAGCUCCAGCUGUGACUACCCAUGAUGAAGAGGAAGAGGGCGGAGAACAUCCUGAGGCCUAUGAACCAGAAGCUGACUUUGCUCCCGUCAUUCCUCUACCUGAACUUGUUAAAGUUGUGACUGGCGAGGAGAAUGAAAAGAUUCUAUUUGAAACUCGUUGCAAAGUCUAUCGUUAUAUGGAUAAGGAGUGGAAAGAGCGUGGCACCGGUGACUUGAAAGUGCUCGAAAAUCCCGAGACGGGGCGCCAAAGAAUAGUGAUGAGACGCGACCAGGUCUUCAAAGUCUGCGUCAAUCACGGUUUUGAUGCAUCAAUGAAGAUUGAAAAGAUGGCCAAGAAUGCAAAAGCUGUGACCUGGGUAUGCAUGGACGCGUCAGAUGGAGAACCUGCCAUGACUCAACUAUCGGCUCGCUUUGCGUCAGAAGAACUAGCUACCGACUUCAAGAAAACCUUUGAGAAAUGUGUUGAUAACGCUAAAAAUUCCAUCAAGGCUGAGGUUAAGAAGGAGGAAGUUAAAUCUCAAGGCGACAGAAGAACUGGUUUUGACUGGAAGGAGCCUGAAGGAAGUUGGAAUUGCCAAGGCUGUUACGCCAACAACCCUGCUAAAGACAGCAAAUGCCAAUGUUGCGGCACUGGAAAAGAUGGAUCGCCCGCUGAGACAAUCACUCAAGUUAUUUCAAAGCCCAUGGCUGCAACGACGGCGCAGACUUCAUCUCCAUUUUCGUUUGGUCUCAACAAAGCUGACCCGUCGAUCGGAAACUUAUCGCUUUCAUCAAGAGAAGCUGAAGCCACGAAAGAUGAAAAGCCAUUAUUAUUCUCCUUCGGACAAAAACCGGAAGCUGCUAAGCCCGAAACGCCAACCAUGACAUUUUCUUUCAACAAACCAGUCGUCCCGGUCACCACAGCAACCGUAACGCCAACGGGAAACAAGUUCUCAUUUGCGGAUGCUGCAAAACUGGCAGCUAAUGAUGAUACAAAGAAACCAAUCGCUUUCUCAUUUGGGCAAAAGUCUCAGCUUGCACAGUCACCUCUUGCUUCAGCCACUGCUGCAAAUCCACCGACGACGACUCCCACUUUCAGUUUCAAGCCUGCAGCCGCAUCCACUGGACAAAAACCACUUUUUGGAGGUAGUGCUAGCACUGCAUCGCCUGCUGGCUCUUUGUUUGGAGGAGGAACAUCUUCCGCGACUGCUUCACCUAGUCAAACGGCUGCAACCGAUAGUAAACCUGCAGAACAAAAGAAUGUUUUUGGAUCAAUGUUUGGCAAUAACUCUGGAUCGAAUGCCUUUGGGUUUUCUACGCCCAAGACAAGCAUCUUUGAAGGACAAUCUGCUCAAAAUGCUAAAGAUGCGCUUAGUGCAUUGAAAAAAGCACAGCCGUUGGGUGCAAAACCCACCAACGGGGAUGAUGAAUCAAAAGGUGCUGAUGAGGAAUAUGAGCCUGAUGUUGAUUUUAAGCCAGUCAUUCCACUUCCUGAUCUUGUUGAGAUAAAAACAGGCGAGGAAGGAGAAGAAAUAAUCUUCAAGGAACGUUGCAAGCUCUAUCGCUAUAACAAAGAGACAAAGGAAGCAGCUGAACGAGGAACGGGUGAUAUGAAAGUUUUGAAAAAUCCAGAGACUGGUCUUCUUCGAUGUGUGAUGCGCCGCGAACAGGUUCACAAGUUGUGCGCCAACUUCAGACUUACACACACGUUAGUCAUCAACGAAAAGACGAAUGCUCCAAAUGUGGCUGUUUUCAAUUGCAAGGAUUUUUCCGAAAAGCCAGAAGGUGACGAUGAAACUUUCUUCGUGAGAUUCAAGACUCCGGAGCAAUGUCAGACUUUUAUCAACACCUUCCGUAGUGGAGUUGCCGCCGCCACUCAAAGA